AUGUCUCAACCAAAAAGCAACAGUGGCAACCAAGUCAGCAACCAGAGAUGGCCCCUAUUAAGUUGGAUUUCCCAACAACUGUUUAUGCUUGAAUCUCUGCUCCUGUUUAUCCAAGUGAGCCUUUCUAUAGAAUGGGACUUCUCACUAUGUAUGACCAGUUCCGCUCAAGAAGAAAUUCCAUGGGUCGAGGCUGGAGCUGAAUAUGUUGUCAAGUCUACCGGAGUUUUCACCGAUAAAGCCAAGGGUUCUGCUCAUUUGAAGGGUGGUGCAAAGAAGAUGUUGAUAUUGUUUCUAAUGCUAGCUGAACAACCAACUGUCUUUCUCCCCUUGCAAAGGUUAUUCAUGACAAAUUUGGUAUUGUCGAAGGUCUUAUGA